AAUAAUCAGCUGAGUUGCUUAGCAGCGGGUGAUUUACUCAUGUCACAGUGGGAUCAAAACUGAGGCCGCUUCGCCGACCUUUUUGUGUUUUUACCCCUCGUCCACUUAACGUAGAGCAAUGUCUCUUUUCAAAGCAAGAGAUUUUUGGUCUACUGUGGUUGAGGGGGAUGGAGGUAAUGAGGAGGAAUGUGACUCAGGUUGUCUUGUUAUUGCCAACAUUGACAAUUCAUCGCCGAGUUCAGAAAAAGUUAUCGUUGGAGGGUUUUCUGGAAACUUACGAGUUUUCCUUCCACAGUCCCACAGAAAUGAAGAAGGUGAAGAGGCAUUCGGUUACCGUCCAGAUCAUGUGCUCUUAGAAACCACUCUCAGUUAUCCUAUAAUACGGCUUGCUGCUGGUAGAUUUGUUUCAGGUAAUGAUCUACUUCAUCUGUGUGUUUUGCAUCCUGAUCGUAUGGCUGUGUACACAGUGAGUGUCACAACUGGUCAAACUGGUCAUGGACAUCAUUCACGGCUUAGUGUCGCUUAUCAACAUAAAUUUCAACGUCAGGCACAUUCACUUACAAUAGGUUCUUUUGGUGGUGUGAAAGGAAAGGAUUACAUUGCUGUGCUGUCACUUGAUGGCAUCCUCACUGUCUAUGAGCAAGAAAGCUAUGCCUUUCAGAGUUUCCUUCCAGGAUUCUUGUUACCUGGUCCAAUUGCUUAUGUAUCCAAAUCAGACAGCAUUAUAACAGUUGCAUCUGACUGGUGUCUUCAGUGUUUCAAGUAUCAAGUUCUGGCAUCUGCAACAGAAAAGGAUAAAGACAACACCAAUAACAACAAUAAUAGCAGCAAAGGAAAGCGACUGGCUCCCGAGUGGUCUCGCCAGUUGAAUGGGGAGGCUCUGGAUAUCAUAGUUUUAUGUCCACCGGAGGGACCAACAAACAUUUUAGUCCUUACUUUCCGUGCCAUUUAUUGUUACAAGGAGACUGGAGUGCUGAGAUUUGUCAAAAAACUGGAAUACAGCCCAUCAUGUUUUAUGGCAUUUCCUGUUGACAAUUUUAUUCAUAUGUGCGUUGGGACAUACACAAGCACCCUACUUGUUUAUCGCGAAACAGAACUAAAGUGGGCUUCCCAGCUUCCAUUUCCUCCUGUGGCUCUUGCUAGGUCAGAUUUUACGGCUUACAGAUUUUUAAGGGGUAUCAAAGGUGCUGCUGUAUCUUUGGGGGAUGCUGGGCAACUUCAGGUAUCAUAUCUGGGUACAGAUCCUUCCCUCUUUGUUGCACCGCCAGCAGAAACCAGAGAGAUUAACUAUGACCAGACUGACAAAGAAUUGGCUCAGCUUCACAGGAUCAUAAAAGCAUCCACAAAAGAUACAGGAACUCUUGUUGGAAUGAAUCGAGGGGAUAAUGACUUACUGGUGACAGGGUCUAUUGGCACACAAUUGGAAAGAUGGCUAGGCACCACAAAGAUACAAGAUCCUGAGGGUGUGCCAGCAGUACCAGUAGUUGUGCGACUAACAGCUCACAUCCCACUGAAUUGUGUCAGAGUUAACAUCUGUGUAGAAAAGCCUCUGGCUGUAACUCAAGAUACAUUUGUGCUUAGAACAAUAUGUGACACAAGCCAGAUCAUGGUGAAAAUAUACUUGGCUGAGAGUUACAUUCCUACGAGUCUAAAAGUGGCCAUUAUUGCAUCAUAUGUCAAUCAAAGUGGAGCUCCUCGUGUCAUUACUGCUUCUAUGGAAGUUCCCCUCCGUUUGGUUGUCAAGCCUAGUGCACCAUCCAAAGAAGCUGACCACAAGAUAACAAUUGCAACAAAUAAAGCUGCUGUAAAUCUACCAGAGCUUUUCCCAGACUUUGGCUUAGAUGGAAGUGUAACGACUGCACUUGGACUGCAGUAUUAUGGUGGCCCUGAAGUUACGAUUCUCUCCUCAAGGACAACCAACAGAUAUCGUUUACAAUCAGACAGUUUGGCUGCUCUGUGGUUGAUUCUCAGCGAAGUCACUCAGCGCCUUAGAAGUUACUGGGGCCAUUCUUCUCGCAAAGAUGGAGAGGAACUGGAACUAGGAGUUGCUUCAGCUGUGCCAGUUCACGAAUUGUUUUCUGAGAUUGAUGCUCACUUCAUGAGGAGAAAGAAACUCCAUGAAUUGCAGGCUCAGCUUGUGCAGCGGGCAACUCAGUUUCGUGCAGUCCAGCGCCGUUUACUGACCAAAUUCAAGGAUAAGACGCCGACACCUCUCACUAACCUUGAUAACUUACUUGAAGGAACAUACAAGCAGAUAUUGCAGAUCACAGAUGUCAUUAAUGAAAAUUUUAGGGGACUUGAAGAAGAUGGGUGCAUUUUAAGCUGCGUGGUGCAAGUGAUUCUUGAACUUGUACGAUUGCAAACAAAGAUGGCAGAUCAAGAGUUCAUGCUGCUAACUGCUGCUGUUUCACCAAUUGUGCAUUCUAGUAUGGAUCAGGGCUGGGAGGAGACGACUGAUGCCAGUGUGACAUUCCUGCUCAAAACUGUUCUAGGUCGAGGGAGUAGGGACGCAGCAAUAUCACCUGAAUUGAUGAUGCCAAAUGACACAAUCAAAUUGAAGAAGCAUUUAGGCAUACUUCUUGAAAAGAUCUUAAAAACUGGAGCCAAGUUGAAUAUAAAUACUCCUACAACUAAUAAUACAGAACCUAUAGAAGACCCACAUUCAGGAGAUGAAGAAGUAAUUGCUUCUGUUCCAAAGGAAGACACAGCUCAACCUGAAGAUCAUCAUGACCCAACGACUGUGCCGCUCGGCUCACGGCUAGGUGAAGAUCGUGCUCGCUCAGCUAGAAUCAGAUCGGCUCGUCUCAUGUCCGCUCGCAGGAUUCCGGAACAGAGAAGUGAGGAUGAUGAGUCCGAAAGCCCAUAUACUACUGAUAGGGGGCAAGGAUCAAUACAAGUUUUAGAGUCUGCAAGUGAAGAACCAGAAAAUCUGAUAAACUUCGAAGAUGAAGAAGAAUUAGGGGAAGGGGAAAACUCAGCACAAGAUAUUGAAGAUACUCCUGCUGAUGAAGAGGAAGCUUUGCCUGAUACCGGUAACGACAGCGAGUUGCCUGAUCCUGGUAAUGAAGAUGCAACCUCCAGUCCUGGUGAUGAAGAUGCAACAUCAAAUCAUGGAAAUGACGAUGCUUCACAAAUGGAAGUUAAAGGUACUGAAGAAGAAGAUCAAGAAAGUGAAAUUUUGAAUUUUUCAGAAGCUAAGAAUAAAGGUGAUAAAUCCAUCCUCACAAAAUCAGAGCCAUUAAGAAGAGAUAUAGAAAAACUCAAGAAGCAAACUUCAAAAGAUAAUUUGAUAGAAAGUCCUAGUGAUGUGUUAGUUGAUGGAGACCUGGAUGACCUAUGGUAACUGCUAGCAAUCUACUGAUGCCAUGUUGCAUGUGAAAAUUGGCCUGAUUUAAGUUAAAAUUUUACAGAUGAAAUAAGCAGUACCUGCUUAUCAUGUAACAAUGCUUGGUAAUAUUUUAAUGAUCUUUGUGAUUAAAACAAAGUAGAUAUAUAGACAAAAAUUUCAAAAGUCUUAUUCUGCUUUUUAUACACAGUUGCACAAAACUUGAAAGCCUUAGGAAUAUUCAGUAAUUAAAACUUGGUUUCAGUGGUAAGUUGAAAUUAGGAGCUAGUAUUUUAAUUUUUUUUUUUUUUGAGCCUACAACGUACAUCCAAAUUUUAGAGAUAAGACUGCAUAUGAACAUUUGACAAUUAGAACAAAUGAUAAAGCUAUGUCGUCCUGUUAUGUCAAACUACUUCAUUAGAAAGUUACUGUAGUCAGAAACGUACACAGGUAUUUUUUUAAAACCGUCCAGCUAUACAUAUCUAGUCAUAUUUUGAUAACUGUACUCUACCUUUUCAAUCAAAGUGAUGACUUCUAGUCAAGAUUUUCACUAAAAAUAUUAAGAAUAGUUUAAGAUUUGCAGUUGAAAGCUAACCAAAUUAUGAAUUUUGACUGCUAUAAUAAAAAUUUAUUUUAUGA